AACAAAGGGAUUGGUCUGAGAUUGACUUUUUAACUUCAAAAGUCAACCCUUCAAUGGAGGUUCAUCCUCCUCCUCUUCUUCUUCUUCUUUCUUGCUUUGCCAUUGCUUCAUAUGCUCAACAUGAACACCUACUCUCAUCCCUUAACCGAUCCCUCAUUGUUUCGACUACACCUACUCCUGGCCAAGUUUUGAAGAUAGGGGUAGAUCAAGUAACGGUGACAUGGUCAUACAACCAGACCCUCCCAACUGCAGCGGACUCGAACUACACAAGAGUGCAAGUGAAGCUAUGCUACGCACCAGUUAGCCAGAGCGGCCGAGAUGACCGCAAAACAGAUGACAACCUGCUUAACGACAAGACCUGCCCUUUUGACAUCAUGGACGGGCCAUACCAACGUUCAAACUCCUCCUUUAUUUGGACCAUUCCUAGAGAUAUCCCCACGGCUACGUACUUUAUAAGGGUGUACGUAACAGAUCCUGAUGACCAUGAGGUGGCGUAUGGCCAAUCGACGGAUCCCCUCAAGACCACCAACUUGUUUCAAAUCGAGGGAGUCACCAACGACCAAGUGUUGGCAGCAUGGCCCACGUUCAAGAUGUCUUUGGGAUACUCGUAUGCGUGGCUUGGUGUCUUGUUUCUGAUGUAGAUUGAUUGAUUGAUCAUGUUGUAUUUGAUAUUACGUCAAUAAUGUA